AUGGUAAGAGGGGGUGUGGUCAGUCAUAUGGCAAGAGGGGGUGUGGUCAGUCACAUGGCAAGAGGGGGUGUGGUCAGUCACAUGGCAAGAGGGGGUGUGGUCAGUCACCUGGCAAGAGGGGGUGUGGUCAGUCACAUGGCGAGAGGGGGUGUGGUCAGUCACCUGGCAAGAGGGGGUGUGGUCAGUCACCGGGUGAGAGGGGGUGUGGUCAGUCUGUGCGACCUUUCUGACCACGCCAACUCGGGAAAUAAGAUCAGCUGA